AUGCAAGGGAAAAUAAAGAUAGGACCAGUAGGAAACCGUGAUCCCAAAACCGCAACAAUGGUUGGUUGGGACGAAGGAAGUCACAAUGGCCUCCUCUCUCAGAUUUUUAUAUCUCAUGGUGGUGCCAAAGGAAUUUUUUCUAUCCAAUUCCAGUUCAUGCUCGACGACGACAAGUUCGUCUUAUCCGACCAGCACGGCUCGAAUUUUGGCGACAAGUUUGAUGUCAUAACUUUGAACUGCCCACAUGAGUACAUUACUGGAAUCAGUGGAGAGUAUUCCACGCACAUACAUGGCGGUGAGAGCCCUCACAUAUGUUCUCUCAAAGUUGCUACCAACACCAGUGAGUAUGGUCCUUUUGGCUCUUUGACAGAUUACCACCAAAAGUUUGAAUUCAAACUGGGGAAAUAUUCCCAGUUUGGCGGUUUUCACGGGACAUACGAUGUUUGGGGACUACAGCAUAUCGGUGUUUAUCUUCAACCAACAAAUGUUAGACCUAAAAGCAAACCUAAAACCGGCACCAACAAUGCAAAGGAAACAGAAUCAACAAUAGUUUUAGGUUGA